AUGCCAACAUUUGAUGAUAUUUUGGAGCAGGUUGGUGAAUUUAACAGGUUCCAAAAGCAAACCUUUUUCGUCCUGUGUUUGCUUUCUGCUACCUUCACUCCCAUUUACGUGGGUGUCGUCUUCUUCGGGUUCACCCCCGAGCACCGCUGCUUCAGCCCCGGCGUGGCGGAGCUGAGCCGGCGCUGCGGCUGGAGCCUGGCGGAGCAGCUGAACCACACCGUGCCCGAGUGGGGCGGCCACGGGGCCACUUUCGGCAGCCGCUGCAGGAGGUACGACGUGGACUGGAACGUGACGGGCCUCAGCUGCACCGACCCCCUGGGCAGCCUCGCGGGCAACCGGAGCUCCGUCCCCCUCAGCCCCUGCCGGGACGGGUGGCUCUACGACUACCCAGGGACCUCGCUUGUCACCGAGUUUAACCUGGUGUGCGAGGACUCCUGGAAGUUAGACCUCUUUCAGUCGUCUGUGAACGCUGGGUUUUUUAUUGGCUCCGUAAACAUUGGCUACAUAGCAGACAGGUUUGGCCGUAAAUUUUGCCUCUUAACUUCAAUUCUUGCAAACGUGGUCUGUGGCAUCCUCCUGGUCUUUGUGCCCUCCUACCUGUGGAUAGUGAUUUUCCGCUUCUUGCAAGGGCUGGUCAGCAAGGGCUGCUGGACUGCGGGCUACAUCCUAGUGACCGAAGUUGUCGGGCCGCAGUACAGGAGGACGGUGGGGAUUCUCUAUCAGACGGCCUUCUCUGUUGGGCUCCUGGUGUUUGAUGCCAUUGCUUAUGCGAUCCCUCACUGGCGGUGGCUGCAGCUCACGGUCACCCUGCCCAGCUGCUUCUUCCUGCUCUUCCACUGGUUCCUCCCGGAGUCUCCCAGGUGGCUGAUAUCUCAAGGAAAAAAUGACGAAGCUAAGAAAAUUGUCAGCAAUAUAGCUAAAAAAAAUCGGAAAAAGAUGCCUUCCUAUUUUGAGGAUAUUAAAUUUGAAGAUGAUGAUGAGGGCGGAAAGCACAGUCCUUCGCUAAUUGACCUUGUCAGGACACCACAGAUGAGAAAAAACACAUUCAUUUUAAUGUACAACUGGUUCACAAGCUCCGUCCUCUACCAGGGGCUCAUCAUGCACAUGGGACUAGCUGGUGGGAACAUCUACCUGGAUUUCCUCUAUUCUGCUCUCGUUGAGUUCCCAGCUGCCUUCAUCAUCAUCGUCACCAUUGACCGUGUUGGGCGGCGUUACCCCUGGGCUGCAGCAAACGUGGUGGCUGGGGCUGCCUGCCUUGUCACAGCACUGAUCCCAGCAGACAUACAUUGGCUAAAAUUGAUUGCUGCUUGCCUUGGGAGAAUGGGAAUCACAAUGGCUUUUGAAAUGGUUUGCUUUGUAAACACUGAACUAUAUCCAACAUACAUCAGGAAUCUUGGGGUGAUGGUCUGCUCUGCCUUGUGCGAUGUUGGUGGAAUCGUCGUCCCAUUUAUUGUCUACAGACUGGUGGAAAUCUGGCACGAGCUGCCUCUGGUGGUCUUCACUGUUGUUGGUUUAAUUGCGGGUGGAUUGGUGUUGCUUCUGCCUGAAACUAAAGGAAGAGUUUUGCCUGAGACCGUUGAAGAUGUUGAAAAUUUUCACAGGCAAAGUGCUCCAAAGGACAAAAAGAUCUAUCUCCACGUCCAGACAUCAGAAGUAGCACGUGACUGAAGAUGGUGCAACCUUCUGGGCAGUCUGCUUUAGGGCACUGGCAUGGAAAAGCAAAUUGGAAUGAAUACCCUUUUGUCUUGCCUCCUUUCCUUUUCUUCAUAGAAUCACAGAACAACACAGGCUGUGUUCUCGAAGUGAUCUUGAAAGAUCAUCGGGUCCCACCUUUCAUGACAGAAGGGAGCCUAGAUGAGAUUAUCUAGCACCCUGUUCAAGAGCAGCUUGAAAGCCUCCAGUGCUGGGGUAGCUCACUCAUCCCUCCUCUUUUUUUGGACUGUCUAUCCUUUGCUUACAUUGUUUUCUGAUCAGGUUGUCCCUAAGACUGCAUAACUGCUUUACUCUCUGUAUGCUACACUACUAAUGUUUUAGGGCUGGAAAAUGUUCACACAAGAUGUGUGGACUUAAACAUGGGAGCAGAUCUUAAUUUGAGGAUGGAGGGUUCCUAAAAGAUCUUUGUAAGUCCCCCAUGAAAUCUGACUUUGUUUUGCCUUAUACAGGGACAGCAUAAGAGGUGAUGGUAACAUAACUCUGUCGUGGAACUGAGGUGACUACAAAUCUCACUUAAUCUUGUUACAACAAGCAACAACUUUGCACAGACCUUUUUUGUUAUCCCAUAUGUGUUAUGGUGUUCAUGCACACCCACAUGACUGUACAGCUGCCCUGACUGGGGAUUUUAAUGGCUAUCCCCAAGCUUACAAGGAUGGGCAUGGGCAUGAAGAGGGUGCAUGGAAGAAAGGCUAUUGCCCUUGUGAAGAAGUAGGAGUCUUUUCUCAUCACUCAGUGUAGCCACUACGUUUUCUUGUCUUGUUAAUAUCUCCAUAGGCUCUAUACUUUUUGGUAUGAUUCUGUUUUCUUAAAUCUUCAUGUCAUUAUAAAUGUGUGCACGCAGACAUGUGGAACUUUAUUAAUAAUAUUCUGUUGAGUCCAGCUGGGGGUGUGGGGUGGGGAACAAUACAGCUGUCAGGGAGACCAGGGCCUGACAGUGUCUUGCUCCACCUAAUUUAUUAGGGUUGGCCUGUGCCAGCACAGAGCUGUAUCUCUGUUUGGAGUGAGUGGGGCUCAGGCCUAGGGCAGGGCUUCUGAGCUGGGAUUUGGCCAGUGAUCCUGUGCCACGGGGAGCAUUAGGGGCAAAGUUAGAUCUGCUAGGGCCUGUCCAGCAUCUCUCACGAUUUGCAGUUGCCCCAGAAUUGGGGUCUGCCUGUUUCUGUGCCUCCUGUUCCUCUCUGCUGUCAGUGGCAGUAGGGCAGUAGUGUAUCCCCUGCCCAUCUUUCCUGUUCAUGUUCUGCCUUUUCUUUUCCAUACCACUGAGCAACCCUAACAGUCUUGUGGUUGCAGAGGAGAAGGGGCAUGAAGUACUGUGGCUCCCCUUUGCUGUUCGUCUUGCUGGUCCCUAGCACUGUUGGGAAAAACUGGAGGCCAGUGAGGAUGUUGCACGUGUUGCACAAGAUAUUUCUGUCACUUCAUGAUCAGGGAGAGGGGAGAGGGCCCCCAGCUGAGCAAAGUGUUCCUGGGCUCCCACAGGCAGUGUGCAGUUGCCCUGGGAUUGCUUCCCGGCCCAAGCAGCAGUUAAUGUUCAGCCUUGCUGUGAGGCCUCGAAGGCAGGGCAGCAUGUUGCCCAGCUAAGCAGGGCCCCCAGAUGACUUUAGCCUGAGCUGUUGCAAAACUAAUGUUUGCUUUGGGAUCAGUGAGGAACAAUCUGGUCCUGAGACUGGCAAGAGGGCCCGUGGGGAUGCAAUUGUGUGUGUCCCGUGGAGCUGCUCCCCUGCUGUCAUUUUGUGAUGACUUAGCUCUUUGCUGGAAGAAAGCUGGCAGAACAUCUGUUUUUAUUAUUGUACGUCACUUUGAAACCCGAUGAAAACUUCGUGCAGAAAGAAAAAGGGGGGUCGGGCGGAAUGAGGGGGGUAGGGGAGGAAGAGUCAAGAAGUCAAGUAAAACAAAUACUGGGAUGAAUAAAUGGAGACUUCCACAAGCUGAGUCUCAAAACCCUGACAUAUCGCAGAGGUGUGUGUCUCCAUAAGCACUGCCCUGCUGCAGCAGGAGCUGCGGAGGUGGCAGGUGCUGCCACGCCUUCGCUUCUGUAGCCACCUGCGAGUUAUAAUGGCACUUUGCUCUUGGUGGCAUCAUUGAUAAAGCAGUGUUGUGCCAGCUCCUGUUCCCCGUAGCAGCAGCUGGGCCCAGCUCUGUGCCACGGCUGUACCUGGAGCCCAGGAACCACUGAAACACUGCAGCGCAAGGAGACUGUGCCUGGGAAGAACAUAAUGUCUCCAUUUUCAGGCUACUUGUGAGCCUACAGUAGCCGAGUUUUGGAAAGAAUUGCUGUUUAAUUCAUAACUGUUGGAUAAAAAGUUUCUGGUAUUCUCCCUGGCAUUGUCUGAGAGACAGCGUGACUGCGGAUGUGGUCUAGGGCAGCAGUCCCUAAGUACUCCUCUUGUCCUCUGCUGUUGCUUUCAGCACCAGCAUCCAAACAUCCCAGUGCUGGCAUAGCUGCAAUUUGGAGACUUCACUGCUAAUUUUAUCCUUUUGAACAUCGCCACAGCCUGUCAGAGACUCAUCAAGGGUUAUUGUCUGGAAGCUAUGAUCUUAAUGUGGUUGUUUUGUCAAGGUGGUCUUGUGUGCAUCCCGUGAUUUUCUGCCAAUUCAUGGGUCACUGAAAAGCUUAUGUCAUUUCCAGCUCCUGUUAUAGUGUGAUCAAAGCUGUAAGUGUGCUAGAUUGUGCUUGAGCUUGCUCCAGUCCAAUCCCUACUGUAUACACUUGUCACAUUUCAUUCAGUGUAUUAGUAAAAAAAAAAA